UUUCCUCCUCUCUUCAAUAUUAUAUUUUGUAGUUUAUAUUUCAACAUGGUAUCAGAGCCUUCCAUUUCAGUUUAGUUUUUCAGAUUUCAGUUCUUUAUUCAGGCUGACUUCAGUUCAGUAUUCAGGCUGGGUUCUUUCUCCAAGAACUUGAGUUAACUUCAGAACCUUACACACCAUUUUCAGAACCUUACACACCAUUCUGCCUACAGAACCUCUACACACCAUUAAACAGAACCUCUGUCCAGACCAACACCGUCCUAUUUCUCACCUCCGUCCUAACCAAUUGCACUUGCCGCCGCCGACCACGUCUUUGGAGUCCGCACCGGCAAAGCUUCACGCGUCAGUCACACGCGCCGCCGAAGACUUUCUCGGCUGCCGCACGCGCCGGCGAGUGAAGCUUCAUAGCUGACCGGAUUUCUAAUCGGAAAUCGCCAUCUCUGCCAGGCAAAUCCAUUUUUCCGAUCUGCGAGCUUUUGGAUCCACGGUCUUCUUGAGGUUGGCGACGCAGACUGUUGAGAAAGGUUGGGAUUUGAGACUAGGUGAACUAGCUCGAAUUAGAAAGGGGCUGCGUUAUAUUUUUGGAGUCGCCACUAUCAUUGGCUGGUAAGUCUUAAUUAGCUGUAUUUAUUUAUUUAUUCUCAAAAAAAAAAAAAGUAAAAAAAAAAAUCAAAAAAAAAUCAAAAAAAAAAAAAUUCAAAAAAAAAAAAGAAAAAAGAAUGUCUUUUACGGGUCCAUUUGGCAGAGGAGUAAUAUGCCAUUACUGCAAGAAGCCCGGGCACUUGCUCAAAGAAUGUAGAAAGUUGCUGUUCAAAAAUCAAGGAAAUCAGCUUGCUCAUGUUGCUUCCGCUACGAGUUCAUUUGAUGGAUCAAUUGCUAUUUCUUCAGACGAGUAUGCUAAAUUUAUUUGCUACCAAGAAUCUCUAAAGCAUUCAUCUACCCCUAUCUCGGUAGUCGCAAAUUCAGGUAUUUCAAACACAUGUCUUGUUUCAUCAUCCUCAAAAUGGGUCAUUGACUCAGGUGCCACAGAUCAUAUGACUGGUAAUCCUAAUCUAUUCUCAUCAUUUCACUCACAUUUACCUGCUUCCAGUGUCACUUUAGCAGACGGGUCUACCUCACCCGUUCUUGGAUCUGGUACUGUUGUACCAACUUCUACAUUACCAUUAUCGUCUGUUUUGAGUCUUCCUAAUUUUGCAUUUAAUCUGCUUUCCAUCAGUAAAAUCACACGUACUCUUAAUUGUUCUGUAACAUUUUUUCCGGGAUAUUGUGUGUUUCAGGAUCUGUUAACGAAGCAUACUAUUGGUCAAGGACAUGAGUCGGGUGGUCUUUAUAUUUUGGAUACAUCAAUUACAAAAGGUAUCUCUUGCCUUGGGGUUGGAAAUCUAUUAGAAGCUCAUUACCGAUUAGGACAUCCAUCUCUCUCACUAAUGAAGCAAUUAUAUCCUCAGUUUAAUAAGGUGUCUUCUAUACAAUGUGAGUC